AAAUAGUACCAACGUACAAAAAGUACAAUAAUAUCCCUGAUUUCCAUGUCCAAGUGCGCAUAUGCGUAGUGCUUUGGUGUCUCGUGAGACGCCAUUUGUCGUGUACGCUGUGAACUACAGCAUUUUCUGUCUUGAAGUGUAUCUAUCUAUUGAGUAGAAUUUAUUUUAUCGAUGUUUAAGUGUUUUUGUAAGUGACAAAAAUUGUUAAUCGGUGUAAAUACUUGGGUUGUAAGCAACACUAAAAGUGAAAUAAGCAAUACGCUAUAUAAUUAUAAAUAUUUGGUAUAGUUCAUUCGUUCAUUCGUCCAUUCGUCCAUCAAAAAAUAAUAGUAAGUACAAUGUAUUCAUACUUAUGUGGUUUUUGGGCUCUCCUGAACAAUAUAGUUUAUGGUGCAUACAUUGAAUAGUCUUUAACAGUCGAUAAUACAAGUGAAUAUGGUAAAAACGUUUAAAUCUAAUUAUUAUGUUAGCUUAAAUUUUUUUUAUUUAUAAAUGGUUUUCUAUUGAUUCUUAUAUUAUAUUUUUUUUUAAAAAUCAAUAAUUUAUAUGUAAUAAUAAAUUAUUAUGAAGAAAUAAAUAUAUGUAACACAUACACAUUUUUUAAAUAUUUAUUUGAAAUUUUUUUUUUCUAAAUGAAUUGGUUCCUGUGUUUUGUUAAUGAUAUCUAAAUAUUUUUGAAAAACAAUUCACCCAAUGACUGUUUAAAUUUGCUUACAGACCUAGAUAAACUUACAUAGUGAUUUAAUUUAAUUGCCCUGUCACGUAAUAUUAAUAAGUAAAAAAUAAUAAUGUUCUUAAUAUUCGCCUCCUAUUCUCUGGUCUUAUGUUUUUGUUCAUUUUUAAUUUGUAAGUGUGAUAUUAUAAACAAUCUUGGUUUCAGAUUUACUAAAUGCCUCAAUCAUACUUAAUAAAUCAUGUUGUAAAUCAUUAAAAGUUUUAGGCUUGAUAAUGAGACUGUCUAUAGAUUUUCAGUUUUAAACAUCUAUUAAAACAUUAUUUUGUACACUGGUAGGUACGCCCAAUCUUGGGUUAUGGAUCCGUUAUCUGGUAUCCAUAUAACUUUUCGGUAUCAAAUCACUUAGAAAGAGUCCAACAUACAUUUUUUAAAUUUGCUGCAUUUUUUUUGAAGAUACUCUAAGCGAAAUAUGAUUGCGCAUCUAUCCCACUUUAGCUUAAUCUUAACUAGUAGAUACUUAAUAUAAUAGUAUACUAGUAGAUCAUUGACUUUUAAUGCGAACAAAAAAUUCUUAUGUUAAUUUAUAAAGUUUUAUUAUCGGAGUUUCUUCAUGACCAACCUACCUUAACACUAUUUCACAUUUCUAGAUGCUCUACCAGUUAAUUAACCAAUGAAUCAAUCUAUACAUUAAUGCAGUUAGCCAAUUUGGACCCCUCCUUAAGUUAAUAGUAAAUUGUAUCCUUAACAUAUUUAUGUAAUUUAUUAUUAUUAUUUUUUUUUGGAAUAUACCUAAUUGUGUUUAUAAAAGGGCUCACUCUUAAAUAUGUAUAAUAAAUAAAUAUGUACUAUUUACCUAUUUGUUCGACUAUAAUAGUUAUAAUUUAGUUGAACAAUUUUCAGAAAUAUACAUUGUUUCAUUUGUUAUUUUAUGUAUGAUUAACAAAAAUUGUUAUGAAUAGGUUAAUCUAUUAGAAAUUAUUGUAUAAAUAAAUAAAUGAUUUUCUUAUCAAUACAUUUUAGAUAAUAAUUAAUAAUCAAAUAAUUUGUUUCUUAACAUAUCUUUGUCUAAUAAUAACUUAUUUUAAAAAAUUUCUCCUAUUAAAAUAAAUUAUUUCUAUGUAAAAUGAUCAUUUUGUAUACAUUUUUCUCCAUGUAUCCCUUCAUUUAUUUCUUCAUAUUUAGUCGCGUUUAACUUUUUGACUUUGUGAUUUUACCUGAUGAAUGUUUAUUUCAAAAUUCGUCGUACAAUACACAUAUCAUAAUACUUCAGGCGAUGCAUAUUUAUUUAUUUAUUUAUUUAUUUAAUUAUUUAUUUAUAUAUUUAUUAACGAGUAUUAACUAUUUAAUAAUUUUGUUUUUACUUUAUUAUUUAUUAUAGAUAUUAUUAUUUGAAAAUUAAAUUUUUUCUAAAAUAUACAUUUACUUUUUGUUAUUUUAGAUUUGAUGAACAAAAUCUGAAUAGAACAAUAAAAAGAGAAAAUAUUACCAACACUACAACAUAUGAACAUAAUGAUAAAAAUAAAGCAACACAAAUAAAGUAAGUAUUAUAUUAUGUAUUUAACAAUUGAUUGUUUGUGUGUACUAUUUUAUGAUAGAUAAUUUAAUCUUAUAAUUUGUGUUUAAGACUUAUAGCAAACAAAUUAUGAAAUAUGUACUAUAAUAUGUAUUUAAAGUAUAGAUAAUAUGCUCUAUAAAAUAAAAUAAAAAUGAAUCAUAGUAAAAUAAAAUACAUAUGUAUAUAUAAUACAAAUACAUCUGUAUUCUUGUAAUUUAUUAAUAUCUACUAAACAGAAGGCCAUUUAAAUUUGUAUUUUAUGAAUAUUACACUUAUGGUUUAAUUUUAACAUUUAGAAAUAACUUAGAUUAUAUUCAAGGAGUCCAGAACAGAAGGGAUAUAAGUGACAAUUUUAAAAAAUCUGAGUUAAGAGCUGAACUAAAAAUAUUCCAUUUUAUUGUGUGGCAAAGAAAUAUAAAAAAAAUUAUUCACCAUGCUCUUUGAUUUAGUAACAAAUACUAGAUCUCACUAAAGUAGUCUUCAAAUGAAAAUGUCAUAACAUAUUAGAAGUAAAUAGGUGCAAGGGUCCUAAACAGCUAUAAACACUAGGGUGGCCGUUAUUUUUUGAUAUUGGAUUUUUUUCAGUCUUACCCCCUAAAUUGAUUCAAAUAUGUAUAUAAAUGAAGUAUACAAAAUUUCAUAUUGAUAGAUUAAGUUUAACCCGUGCCCCCCAGCCCUCAAAGUUCAAAUAUAUGGUUCUGUUCAAGUAACAGUUUUUUUUAAUUGAUUGACUGCUAUCUCGUUGUUAUCAUUUCUUACAAAAAUAAAUUUCUGACAUUAUUUAUAGCAAAUUAAAUUGUCUAUAACUUUUGUUCUAUAUAGUUAUAUAGUUGUUAUAUAGUUUUUUGAUUAACGUAAUAUUUAUUAGUAUAACUGAUUAUGAAACAAUGAAACAUGCAAGCUUUUGAAAAACGUAACAACUAAAUAAUAUUAUUACAAAAUGACAUUUAUAUUUUAAAGUAUAUAAAUAAAAAUAAUUAUAAUGGUUUUAUAACUGUGCUUUUUAAACUGUUCGGGUAUUUACGGCGAUAAUCUUCGACAACUUGAAGCACGUAUUGUUUUUGAUCUUCAUUUUUUGUUAAGACCAUAUUAUACUCCUCCAUGAGCUUUACCCCUCUUUCUGCCGUAUCGUUUGUAACACGAAAUGUAUUUACAAUUUCAAGGCCUUUUUGAAAAUCUUCAUUUUUAUCCCACAUUGAUGGAUGUUGCUAUUCCAAAUUGCGAAAAAAAUGAAGUAGAUUCUUUAUAAAUAAAAUCAUUUAUUUCUUUCUUCAUGAAUUGAGCUACUUCAUUUAGCGACACAAUGACUCGUUUAUUGAUUUCAGAAGUUAAAUUAUUUANACAAUUUCAAGGCCUUUUUGAAAAUCUUCAUUUUUAUCCCACAUUGAUGGAUGUUGCUCCAAGAAUGAUGUUGCUAUUCCAAAUUGCGAAAAAAAUGAAGUAGAUUCUUUAUAAAUAAUAUCAUUUAUUUUUUUCUUCAUGAAUUGAUCUACUUCAUUUAGCGACACAAUGACUCGUUUAUUGAUUUCGGAAGUUAAAUUAUUUAAUUUUAUAGCAUCGACCAAUUUAAUUUUUGUCUCAAUUGUUAUAUUAGGAUCAAAAAAUGCCAAUGCUGCUGUUUCAGGUGCUAAAUACCACAAAUGUCCACAUAGUUUUCNUUACAAUCAAAUCAUUGGUAGUAAAUUACCUUCAAAAAGACAGGCAUUACGUGUACUUUUUUUUCAUUGGGAUGGUAAGCUGCUCCAAGAUUUAACAGGAAAAGAGCUUGUUGAUCGUUUACCAGUAAUUGUUUUUUUUAAAAACUCUGAAAAGUUGUUAAGUGUUCCUAAGCUUAUAUCCAGAACUGGUCAAAAUUAAGCGGAAGCAGUGUUUAAAGCACUUGAAGAAUGGGGCCUUAUUGAUAAUAUACAAGCUUUAUGUUGUGAUAUAAAGGCUUCGAAUACAGGUCGUCUAAAAGGAGUAUGUAUAAUUUUGGAACAGCUAUUAGAACGUGAUAUUUUAUACUUUCCUUGCAGGCAUCACAUUUACGAAAUUAUACUUAGAUCUGCAUUUGAAGUAAAUUUUGAAGUUACAUCUGGUCCAGAUAUUCAAAUUUAUAAACAAUUUUGGCCAAAACUUAAUGUUAAUAAUUAUAACACCAGAAUAGAAGAUAUAAUUGUCAGUGGAAUAUUAAAUGAUGUAACUAAUGUUAUGUUAUUUUUUUAUAUGGACCAAUUACGCAAAUAUCAUAACAGAGACGAUUACAGAGAAUUAUUGGAAUUAGCUGUGAUAUUUCUUGGUGGUGCCCCUACUCGUGGCAUAUCUUUUCAAUGUCCUGGUGCAAUGCAUCAUGCUCGUUGGAUGUCCAAGGCCAUAUAUUCAUUAAAAAUAUUUAUGUUCCGUAAACAAUUUAAAUUAAAAAAUUAUGAAGAAGAAUCAAUCCGUACAAUUUGUNAACUUUAAGAAAACUAUGUGGACAUUUGUGGUAUUUAGCACCUGAAACAGCAGCAUUGGCAUUUUUUGAUCCUAAUAUAACAAUUGAGACAAAUUUGAUGGCUGGGGGCCACGGGUUAAACUUAAUCUAUUGAUAUGAAAUUUUGUAUACUUUAUUUAUAUACAUAUUUGAACCAAUUUAGGGGGUAAGACUGAAAAAAAUGUUAUAAAAAAAAAUCACUUAUAUGACGAAGGGCUACCCUAAUAAACACACUUAUGUAUCUUAAUUGCCAAGUGUUUAAUCAUUUUUUACCGUUUGAACACAAGAACAGUUGUAAUAUGACAAUAUACUAUAAUAAUGGUAUUAAAUACAAAUAACUUUAAACUUGAUUUUCUUGAAUCAAAAAAAUGUCACUUAUAUUCCUUGUAUUCUUGGCGCUUUAAUUUCAUAAUUAAUAGUUACUUGACUCUAUAAAUAGUUCAAACUCUUGAUCUCUCCACCUUGGAAUGUAGUAGCAAAUGCCAGUAGGCAGUAGGCUAUUAUAGUCUUUAUCUUUAUCUGUAGCUCUGAUUAUUUUCACCACACCGCCCAGUCAUGUUGCAGCUUCAAGAUUUAUCGUCAACAGGAUUGCUGUAUUGUCAGAGAUUAAAAUCUUUUUUAACCUUAAUAACUAGGUUUUCCUCAUCAUUCUCAAAUAUUAAUGAAAAUUUCUAAAAAUUAUAUUUCUAAAAUACCAUCUAAAGCCAAAAUUCAACAAAAAAGGUCUCUUGUCAUAUUUUGAUUGAAUCAAGAUAUUCAGGAAAAAUUAUGUAUACAGUAUAAAGAAAAAAUGAAAAAAUAAAUAAACGUUAUUGCAAAAUCAAUACAUUCCUCGCUUCACUCAGAAUCUAAAUUGAACUUUUAUUGAUAACUUUUAUUCUUUUUGAUUUUUUAAAAACAAUGGUUUUACACAUAGAGCGCUUAGCCCUACCAGGCCUCAAAUAUAUUGCGGCAUACAAGCUUCACUUGAUUAUAAUAUAUUUUUUUAAAUUAAAUUAUUAAUUAACGUAUAUUAUAUAUUUUUCAGAUAUAUUUAUAACUCCUAAACUAUAGAAGAGCAAUCAAAUACGGACAUUAAAAACAUAAAUUGAUUCAAAAUUAUAAAAGUUUACUUUUAGUACGCAAUAUGGAAAAAAAACAAGACACCGUUGUUAACCAUGAAGAAGAUUUCGAUUGUGAUAUGUCUUUUAAGUGUAAUAUAUGUAAGAGUUCAUAUUCUUCCCGGAAAUUUUUAAAUGCUCAUAAGUUAAUUCAUUACAAACAGAAUACUAACAAAUGUGAAAUCUGUCAUAAAUUAUUCUCUACAAGUAGCAAUUUAUCUACUCAUAAGUUGGUACACACAGGCAAAAAACCUUUUAAAUGCAAUUUAUGUAAUAAAUCAUUUGCACAUAGUAGCAAUUUAACUGUUCAUAAGUUAACUCAUUCAGAUCAGUAUUCUUACACGUGCAAAGUUUGUACGAUGACAUUUAAAACAAAUAGCAAUUUACUUUCCCAUUAUUCAAUACAUACUAGUGAGAAACUUUACAAGUGUGAUAUUUGUAAAAAAUCAUUUUUUAAAAAGGACCAAAUAGCUGUUCACAUGAUGAAACACACAGGACAAAAACCCUUCAAAUGUGAUAUUUGUACUGUAUCGUUUUCUAUAAAGGGCAAUUUAACUGCUCAUAAGUUCACUCACUUCAAUCAGAAAACUUUCAAGUGUGAUUUUUGUAAUAAAUCAUAUUCUAUAGUAGGUAACUUAAAUAGACAUAUCUCAACUCAUACUAAAAAAAAGGCUCCCAAAAAAUAAUACUUUUUUUGUUUAUUUAUAAAUGUAUAAUUUGUAUAUUUCAAUUAUUUUAUAUAUACAGUGAAACCUCUGAAUAGCGG